AUGGAUGACAGUACAGGAGGGACUGAGAGUCCGAAUGGUGCAGGCCCCCCAGCUUCUGCCUGUGCUGUGAUCCCCCCAGCCGCCGGCACGGCCCCGCCUCCGCUGCCCCGGUGGUGGCCCACGGCCCCCCGGUUGCCAGUGGUGAAACUGGAGUCAUUGAAACGCUGGAAUGAAGAGAGGGGUUUGUGGUGUGAAAAGGGCGUUCAGGUACUACUGACCACCAUCGGCGCCUUCGCAGCUUUUGGCCUCAUGACCAUCGCCAUCAGCACUGACUACUGGCUCUACACAAGAGCUCUCAUCUGCAACACCACCAAUCUCACAGCAGGUGAUGACGGACCACCCCAUCGUGGGGGCAGUGGCUCCUCCGAGAAGAAGGACCCUGGGGGCCUCACACAUUCAGGCCUCUGGCGGAUAUGCUGCCUGGAAGGGUUGAAAAGAGGUGUCUGCGUGAAGAUCAACCACUUCCCGGAGGACACGGACUACGACCACGACAGCGCGGAGUACCUGCUCCGAGUAGUCCGGGCUUCCAGCAUCUUUCCUAUCCUGAGCGCCAUCCUGCUGCUGCUCGGGGGCGUGUGCGUAGCUGCCUCCCGCGUCUACAAGUCCAAAAGGAACAUCAUCCUGGGCGCAGGGAUCCUGUUCGUGGCAGCAGGCUUGAGCAACAUCAUCGGGGUGAUUGUGUACAUAUCGGCCAACGCGGGCGAGCCAGGCCCCAAGAGGGACGAGGAGAAGAAAAACCACUACUCGUACGGCUGGUCCUUCUACUUCGGCGGGCUGUCCUUCAUCCUGGCUGAGGUGAUCGGCGUACUGGCCGUCAACAUUUACAUCGAGCGCAGCCGCGAGGCACACUGCCAAUCACGCUCGGACCUGCUCAAGGCCGGCGGCGGCGCGGGCGGCAGUGGCGGGAGCGGCCCCUCGGCCAUCCUCCGUCUGCCCAGUUACCGCUUCCGCUACCGCCGCCGCUCCCGCUCCAGCUCCCGAGGCUCCAGCGAGGCGUCGCCAUCCCGGGAUGCGUCUCCCGGCGGCCCCGGGGGCCCGGGCUUCGCCUCCACGGACAUCUCCAUGUACACGCUCAGCCGCGACCCGUCCAAGGGCAGCGUGGCUGCGGGGCUGGCGAGCGCCGGUGGCGGCGGCAGCGGUGCCGGCGUGGGUGCCUACGGCGGGGCGGCCGGGGCGGCGGGGGGCAGCGGGGCGGGCUCGGAGCGGGACCGCGGGAGCUCGGCGGGCUUCCUCACGCUGCACAACGCCUUCCCCAAGGAAGCGGCGUCCGGCGUCACGGUCACAGUCACCGGACCGCCCGCUGCACCCGCGCCCGCGCCCGCGCCGCCCGCUCCUGCAGCGCCCGCGCCCGGGACCCUGUCCAAAGAGGCCGCGGCGUCCAACACCAACACGCUCAACAGGAAAACCACGCCCGUGUAGGGGCGUGCGCCCUCGCGGGGAGUCGGGGGGCGUGUCCGGGGCGCGUGCGCGGGCGCGCGUGCAACGAGGCCGCCGGAUCAGGGUGCCCCCCAGGUCUAUCCCCGCGAGCGCGCUGGACACCGCUGGGCUUUCUAGCCCCUCUCCGCACCCUCUACCCGCCCCUGGGGCGUGGGGAACCCCGUCACGCUCCGAAGCAGGGACCCUUGGGGAGGGGGACGGGACGGGAAAGGG